GGCGGCUUCCUCUGCGAUCGCGGGUCCCCCGGAGCCGGCCUGGUCUUCGCGCCUCGGGGUUCGCUCGCUGUCGCCAGCGCUCCGAUUUGUUGCUGGGCCUUCGGGAGCCCAAAGGCGUCCUGGGGCGCAGGCGGUGCUGUCCUCUUUUACCAGCGAGGCCGAGCCCGUGGUAGCAUCCAGCAGGGAAAUGGUCGUGGUUUCGGUGCCCGCCGAAGUCACCGUUAUCCUGUUGGAUAUCGAAGGUACCACAACCCCGAUUGCUUUCGUGAAGGACACUUUAUUUCCUUACAUCAAAGAAAAUGUCAAGGAGUACCUGCAGACACACUGGGACGAGGAGGAGUGUCAGGAGGAUGUCAGCCUGCUGAGGAAACAGGCUGAAGAGGAUGCACACCUGGAUGGGGUUGUUCCAAUCCCUGUGGCAUCUGGAGACGCAGUGGAUGAUCUGCAGCAGAUGAUCCAGGCUGUGGUAGAUAAUGUGUACUGGCAGAUGUCUCAUGACCGAAAGACCACAGCGCUCAAACAGCUGCAGGGCCACAUGUGGAAGGCGGCAUUCACAGCUGGCCGCAUGAAGGCAGAGUUCUUCUCAGAUGUGGUUCCAGCAGUCAAAAGGUGGAGAGAGGCUGGAAUGAAGGUGUACAUCUACUCUUCAGGGAGCGUAGAGGCUCAGAAGCUGCUCUUUGGGCAUUCCACAGAAGGAGAUAUUCUUGAGCUUAUUGACGGCCACUUUGAUACCAAGAUAGGACACAAAGUGGAGAGCGAGAGUUACCGGAAGAUUGCAGAUAGCAUUGGGUGCUUGACCAACAACAUCUUGUUCCUCACAGAUGUCACUUUAGAGGCCAGUGCUGCUGAGGAGGCAGACGUGCAUGUCGCUGUGGUGGUGAGACCUGGUAAUGCAGGGUUAACAGACGAUGAGAAGACAUACUACAACCUCAUCACGUCCUUCAGUGAGCUCUACCUGCCGUCAACAUAGAGCAGGUUCCGAGCGAGGCGCAACUGUCCCCCCCGAUGUCCAGCUUUAUUCUAAUUGUAACAGUAACUUACUUAUGUGUGCACACAGACAUAUGCAAGUGUAUCUACAUGUAUGUGUGUGUGCUCAGAUUAAUUUCCACAGGCACAUAUGUGAGAAAAGUUGUCAGUUCCGUGAGAACCAAAUUCAUGUAAAGAUGCUUUCUGUGUAGACCGUAACUCUUAAGUCUUACCAGUGCACGAGAGUGCAUUUGAUAGAAAGAAACUGCAAAGGUACAGACCAAAUGUGUGAUGGUAUCACAUCCCUCACUGAAGUGGGGAGCAGUUUUGAGAAAUUGUUAUCCAGAGACCUUGUUAUUUUAAAACUGGAAGUGCUUCAAAGGCAUCCGUAAGAGGGACCCACCGACCAUGUCUCCUUGUGGACUCAAUCACCCUGCUGCGCCCAGAUUCACGUCCCUGUGUACAGGAGACAGGCCUCGCUUCCCCUCAGAGAAAGGGUUGGUGUGAUCAGUCAGGUAUAGUAGGUGUUAGGCAGCGUCCGCCUCUAGAGCGGUGGUCACAAGCAGCCCGUGUGGCAGUGGCCCCGCCACCCUGCCAUUGUUAGCACGGUUUGAUAGUUGCCUUUUUAUGUCUUAGCAUAGUUUGAGAAUAUAUGUUGAUGACUAUUUUUAAAAAAUGUUUUAUUGAAACCAGUAUAACGCCACAAAGAGCUCUAAUGUGUAAUAUUCCCUCUGAAAUGGAUGUGAAGAUGUACAUUUUAUAACAGUAUUGUUUAUCCCGAUGCCACUCUGACAGGAUUUCCUGUCAGCUUCGUGUAAUUAAUUAAUAAAGGCGUUUUCCUCUUUCAGUUUCA